CUCACACUCAUUUCUAAUUGUGAUUCGUAGGAAGUAAGUUGUCUAGUGCAAAAUAUAUAUUCAAAUAAAAUAGUUAUAAAUCGGAACACACAACAAUAAAAUACAAGCAAACACCACCAAAUAUCGGAAAAGAAAAUAAUAGAAAAGAGAGCAAAUAAUAAAAUUACGAAAGAACCCAAGAGAAUAUCACGCUAAAACCCGUCAUCCUCCCAUCGUAUUUGGUCUUCUGGUUCUUGUUCAUCACCAACGUCCGUUAAGAACCACGCAUCGAUAUUGAAUAAUCUGUGGAUAUUGAGAUACAUAUACACGUACGUAUCGAAUCUAGGAUAAACGCUCACCAGCACGGAUAUUAAUGAUACGCAACGGAUGUAACUGUAAACUGUGUCCCCUCUCACGUAAGAAGUAACGUAACGCAGCCUGUGGAAACAACGUAGCUUGGACGCAAUCGGGAAAAUCUCCACGGAGGACGCAGCUAACGUUAUCAAGAAUCAGCAAGAAGCACAUCCAACUGUAUACAUGCGUGCUACAAGUAAAUCUGUGAAAGCCAUCUCAAUAGCCCCAGCCGUCGCAUAAUCGCCAUCCGAUCCGAUCCGAACCGAUUCGAUUUGAGUUGAUAUAAUCCAAACUCGGCCGUACCAAAAAAACGCUACAAAUCGCAAACAAACCGGAGCCGCUCGAUCCAGCGAACGGCAGCGACAAGAAGUUUUUUUCGGCCAGCGCGCACCCCCAAACUCCAGCAACAGCCUCAAGAUUCUGCCAUUCGGAGCACUCAACUUUCGUCCGGAGACGACACCCGCAGAGAUGCACAAGAUCGCAGCAGCGCCGCCUCCAUCGGCCACGCCCGGCGGAGGAUUGGAGACGCCCCUGGCGGCGCCCAAAUACGGCACACUAAUACCCAAUCGCAUCUUUGUGGGCGGCAUCAGCGGCGAUACCACCGAGGCCGAUCUGACCCGCGUCUUCAGCGCCUACGGAACGGUAAAGAGCACCAAGAUCAUCGUGGACCGGGCAGGUGUGAGCAAGGGCUAUGGAUUCGUCACCUUCGAGACGGAGCAGGAGGCGCAAAGACUGCAAGCGGAUGGUGAAUGCGUGGUAUUACGUGAUCGCAAACUGAACAUUGCACCGGCCAUCAAAAAGCAGCCCAAUCCUCUGCAGUCAAUUGUGGCCACAAACGGAGCCGUCUACUAUACCACCACGCCGCCGGCACCGAUCAGCAACAUACCCAUGGAUCAGUUCGCAGCCGCUGUUUAUCCGCCAGUUACUGACUUUACAGCCGCUGGAGUGCCAGCCAUCUACCCACCUUCAGCCAUGCAAUAUCAGCCAUUCUAUCAGUACUACAGUGUGCCAAUGAAUGUACCCACCAUUUGGCCUCAGAAUUACCAAGGAAUUUAUCCAUGUUAACUUUGAGGAUGCAACAUCAACAGCAACAAUAGUGAUGCUACUACUACUACUACUACCAAAACAACAACAACAACAAACAUGCAACAAAGAGCCACAGCAACAAAAGUAAACUACAAAGCAUAAAUAGAAUUUAUAUAAACGCAGACACAGAAAUACACGCACCACAGCUGCAAUUUCGGAAAUGUUUAGUCAAAGGAAAUCGUAUUUUGAAGGUAGAAGCUCUGGAAGGACACUCACCCACACAAGCGCAUACGCACAGACACACAUACACGCAUACAAAUACAAUAGAGCGCAAGGAAACCAUUGCAAAAUGCUGUAAAGUAAGCUGCUUAUGUUAUUAGGGAUGUGGCAAGUGUGGGAGCGAGAGCGGGAGUGUGAGUGAGUGUGAUGAGUGAUGGGGGAUCAAAUUUUGGUAGAGAAAACAUUUAUGAUGUGCAAUUAGCGGUGGAGCAGGGGAGGGGAAGCGGGGAAAGGGGAAAGGGGCUAUAACCAUAGGGACGUCGACAGGACUGCAGUGUGUGUGUGUGUGUAAAGUCAGCAAGUGACAGACAGAAAAAUAUAUGUAGAAGCAGGAGAGGAGAACUUAAAACCAUAUUUAAACCAUACCAUGUAGGAAACAUCAUGCUGAACAUACAGAACUGGAUAAUACAGAUGCAGCAGAUGUGGGAGAAAGCACUCACGCAAACCAACAAACACCCACAAACACACACACACACACAUGUGCAGGACGAACACACUUAUAAAUAUACUAUAUAGGGAAUAAACAAGUAAAAUUGCAUAACACACACAUACUAUAUAUGGUAGCUAAGAAAGCGGGGCAGCGAUCGAAGAUUAAAGACAUAAUAUUAUGCGUAAAUUAAUUUAUAUACAUAUAUACAAUACAUAUAAAGCGUAAAGUAACUGUAACUCGUAACUGUAACUGUAACUGUCCCACACAGACACAUACAGCAAUACAAAGCAAAAAGAUGAAUAAGCAAAGGAGACGACAAAGUCAAGCAGCAAAGCAAGCACACACUAAAACCUUCACAUAAACACACACACACACAGGCGCACACGCACGAGUCCUGGGCAGAAAGUCAAGGAUAAGUUAUGAAAAUUCCCUUAACUUUCCGAUCAGAAUUCGUGUAAAAGGCAAAGAAAACCUAACUUGUAAGCCAAGCAAAUGAAAACUGAACGAAAUUUUAGUCUAAAAGAAAACACUAAUGAAGGAAAAGUAAAAAUCAUGAAAUCUAGCCACAUAAGAAAAGCAAAAAGUGAACUAAAUACAAAAAGAAGAAAAAACAAACAAAAACAAAAAACACUACAAUAAAGAUAUUCAAAAUAUGCUAGCUAAAAAGGCGACAAACAUACACACAACUCCCGACUAUAAUAAACGGGAGGCAUAUAUUAGAGAGACUAUUAAAGGAAAGCUAAACUCAAAGCUCUAGCGAAAAGAAAAUAGAUAAAAAAAAAAACAACUCAAGCAAUACAUAGACACUCAUAGGUGUGUGUUACACAAGAAUAUAGUUAAAUAUUUACGAAAAGCAAGCAAACGUAAAAUAAAAUAAAAUUUUUAACCUAUGUACAAGCAAAAAAAAAAAUGAAGCAAAACAAAAGCUCUGCGAAAAUGUUGAUUUAUAAUUUCUGUUUUUCUACACUCACUUAAGAUUCUGUUGUAUCUAUUGUUAUGAUGAUGGCAUCAAAACUAAUCAAAAACACGAACAAGAAAAGCGAGAUGUGUUAACCAAAAUUAUUUAAAGUAAUACGAACGCGAUGGCCAAUACAUUUGCGGGGGCAGCCGGCGACCUGCGAGCGAAUUCCAUUCAAAAUUGGUGCAUAAUUUGGCUGAAAUAUGAAAAUUCGAGAUAAAUAUUUACAUAUACGUAUAAUGCCUUAUUGAACGAAACUAAAUUAUUUGCCCACUAAAUACUGUUAUCGUAUUGUAAUAAACCAACCCAGAGGUUUCAAAAAUACCUGCUAAAAACAGAUGUCGCCGAGGUCGCCCACAUUCACAUCCCAAAAAAAUUACAAAAAAUAAAUUGGUCGAGACUCGCUGCCGCCGCAAAUGGACUUCGCUGCGAAGUUGUUGACAAAUUUUUACUAAAUUGUUAAAUAGUUAAAUACAAAACAUUUUUAAAUCGAAUUGUAACAAUAAUUAGACAUGAAAAAUUACUCUUUGUUGAGACGAAGCAACACAAAAUGUAAUGUAAUGAAAUGGAAAGCAAUAAUUCACUUAGGCAUGCUCUAGUUAAAAACUAAACUAAAACUGAAAUCAAGUCGAAGAAGCAACAUAGAAACCACCAACCAACCAAGAGUACUUACAUGUAUGUCAGUCAAUAGGGAUUUUAUUUAGUUCGCAGGCCAGGAUUUGCGCACUGGGAUCAUCCAUCUACCCAGUUGAAUCCAGAAUCCAAAUUGCUGGGUGGAUGGUGAGAAACGGGAAUUUGCAGUGAGAUACAAGGCCUAAUUUCGAAAUGAGUUAUUCAUUCACUCUUUUUCAACCAGCCAUCCCAUCCCAGCAAUUUAAUCUUCCGCAGACUAAUCAGACACAGAAAAGAUCAUAACUAAUAAAUCCAAGGCAUAACUUAAGUAUAUACGUGAUAUUUUGAAAGCGAAAAUUCAUAAAUAAAUUGUUUAGGUUUAAAACAAUAUUAAAUAUAUUAUACAGAUAUAUACAUAUACACAUUAUAAAGAUAAUGCCAAGGCAUAAUUAAAA